UCACCAAUACUCUACGAACAUCACUGACUGCGAUGGCUUGCUGGAGAAAAGCUUAGUGUUGCCAGGCCGCCCGCGCACGUCUUUCGCACGUUCGCUUUACCGCUGCUCCUGACGCCAUGAGCGCUCGCGGCUCAAUAGACACCUUGUCACCUCGCGCGCUGUCGCCAAGCCGCGCAAAUGGCUUUGCUCCCGUCGACAGCCUUCAAGAGCCACUGCUUCCGCAGCAGGAGGCGGCCGCUCCAGGCGACGGGAAGCGCGGGAGGCUUGUCGCAGAGCUCAGAAAGUUACUCAAGCUAGCCGGGCCGCUUAUCAUUCAGAACCUGUUCGGCUACCUGCUGUCAGUGGUGUCGGCCGCCUUCAUCGGCCACCUCAAUGACCCCGUGGCGCUGUCCUCGGCGGUGCUGGCGGGCAGCUUCUACAACAUCACCGGCUACAGCCUUGUCAUUGGCCUGAGUGCGGGCAUGGAGACGCUGUGCGGACAGGCCUACGGCGCCAAGAACUACCCCAUGCUGGGCCUCAUCCUGCAGCGGGCGCUGCUGAUCUGCUGGGCCGCCUGCAUCCCCAUCGCGCUGUUCUGGAGCCAGGCCGACCGCCUGCUCAUGCUGCUGCACCAGCAGCCCGAGAUCGUGGCGGGGGCGUGCAGGUACCUGCACAUCGCCACGCCGGCGCUGUUCCUGUCGGCCAUCUCCAGCUGUGUCUUCCGCUACCUGGUGACUCAGCAGGAGGUGCGCCCCUCCACCGUCUGCACCAUCAUCACUGCGGCGCUGUGCCCGCUCUACAACUGGUUCUUUGUGUACCACCUGAACUGGCGGCUGGACGGCGCGGCGGUGGCCUUCCUGCUGUCCACCGGCACCUACUCGGCCCUGCUGACGGCCUACACGGCCGUGCGCGACUGGAGGCGGCGCCACAAGCCCAGCCACACAUGGCCCGGCUUCACGUGGCGGGCGCUGGAGGGCUGGGGGCCGUACCUGCGCAUGGCGGCGCCGGCGGCGGCCAUGAUCUGCAUGGAGUGGUGGAUCUUCGAGUUCGUCAUCUUCAUGGCAGGCUCCCUGGGCGAUUUCGCUGACGUGGCGGUGGCGGUGAUGGGGCUCAGCUUCCACAUCACCAGCUGGACCUACAUGAUACCCAUGUCCAUCGGCACAGCAGCCAACACGCGCGUCUCCAACGAGCUCGGCGCCGGCUGCGCCGCGGGCGCGCGCCGCGCCGCGCGCGUGGCCAUCGCGUGCGGGCUUUGCGUGCAGCUGUGCGUGAGCGUGUUCCUCUACACGGGCCGCCACACGGUGGUCAAGAUGUUCACCACACAGCCGGACAUUGUGUACCACGUGGGCCGCAUCAUGCCCGUGCUGGCCGUCAGCUGCAUCGGCGACGGCCUCAUCGCGGUCAUGGCGGGCGUGCUGCGCGGCAGCGGCCGCCAGUCGCUGGGCGCGGCGCUGAACCUGGUGGGCUACUGGUGUGUGGGCUGCCCCGUGGCGCUGCUGCUGGGCUUCCACUUCCGGCUGGACGUCAUGGGCUUCUGGAUGGGGCUGGCCAGCGCCACCUCGCUGCAGGCGGUCAUCCUGGGCUGUGUGCUGUCGCGGUUCAGCUGGCCCUGCGAGGUGGCUCGCGCCGCCCGCCUGGUGGCGCAGCAGGCGGCGCAGGAGCAGAAGGCGGAUGAGUACCGGGCGGCGGCGGCGGCAGCGCGGAGGUCGGGGCAGUGGUCGCGCCACUCCUCGCGCCACGCCUCGCAGCAGCACCUGCACCAGCAGGAGCAGGCGGCGGCGGCGGCCGCGGCCGCGGCGGCGGCGGCGGUGGUGGUGGCGGCCGCUGAAGCCGCGGCGGCGGCGAAUGGCAUUCUGGGUCCUGGCGAGGGAGGAAUGGGUGGCCCCUGCUGCUGUCACCAGGACAAAGCCGUGCCGCGGAAGGACGCGGUGGAUGUUGAAGCGGCGGCCGCGACGGCACAUGCGGCGGCGGCGGCGGCAGCGACGUCAGGAUCGGAGGCCUGUGCUGGCAGGAUGUUGCCAGGACCCGGGCAGGGCCAUACGCACGUCAAGCAGCCAGCAGUGGAGGCGAAUGGGUACGGAGCUCGGUGUGAGAAGAUGCCUAACGGCAAUGGACACGCAACGCCGUCGGCGAAUGGUGAUGCGGAUGUGGAGGCGGCACUCGCAGACUCGAAGCCGGAAUGAGAGUGGAGGCCAGAUUCGGAGCAAAGCAGCGCGGGUGCAGGCGGCUUGCAGGCUAGUUGGGAGGAAUACUAAUAGCUUUUAACGCUGAGACAGGGUUGAGUGACCGGGGUAGGUUGAGGUGUAAAAGGACGUGCAAAGGUAUUACGAUGCUUGUGUGCAUGAAGACGGUUGAGCCUCGUGAGUUUGCAGCACUUAUGUGUAUGAAAGGCCCAGGCCGUCUAUAUAUCCUGGGUAGAUUGGGGCACGUGGGUUGCCCCGCGUUUGUUAGGGAGCGAGUGAGUGUGUCGAAUGGGGCAGUGCACGAAACAGGCAAAUGCAAAGUCGGACGCUUGGAUGCAGGGUUUAUCUGCUCGUGUGCACUUUGCGCAUGUGGGGCCCGAGUGACAAGGGGCUGGCGGCACGGGGGAGCCCGGGUGGGUGCGUAUCUGUAGUGAGGCGGUGUUAAGCGGGACAUGGACUGUUUCUUUUACUUCGUUCGGAACUUUGUUUGCAUGAUUAAUUUCCAGGCAUUGUAGGCAGGUACGGUUGGGGCGGCGGGCAUGGGAACCAUCACAGGUUUAGGGAAAGCCGCGGAUGUAUUAUAUUCCGGGCGUGAUUCAUGGGCGAUUAAGUCGGUACGUGUCCAUGGAGGCUCCGCGGACAAGGGGAGGCCGGGUGCGUUGUGGGCGACAACCUGGGAAAGGGAGUGGGUGGAUGUGAGACUAUGGUCGCCACGGUGUUGGCGGUGUGUCGGGGAACCGUGCGCGCACACGCCGGGACCCCGUCAGGGUGCGCCCAUGGCACCGACGCGGCUGCGUGGGCGUGUUGUGGCCGUUAGGCGUCCCUCCACGCCUCACACGGAGGCGUGGCCGUUGGGUGAAAGGCGAGGGGGGUGGCGCUACCUGGCGUGGCACGAAGCCGGCGUUAUAUUGGUGGACUGCUACAGAUUGAUACAGAUUGAGCUUCGGGAGGGAAAGGUGGUGGUGAUGAUGAGUGGGGCUGGCACCGGGUGACGUGCGGGGCAGGGUUGGUGCGGGGGAGGUGCGUGUCGGGAGUCUCCAGCCCCGGGAUGGCUCCUGCCGGGACCUAUGGGACC